AUGGCAAAUCAUUAUGAAGUGCCUAGCUGGGCCGGAAAACCUCCAACUGGACUCCAUUUAGAUGUCCUAAAAGGCGACAAAUUAAUACAAAAAUUGAUGAUAGAUGAAAAGAAAUGCUACCUCUUUGGUAGAAAUCCACAGAUGAAUGAUUUCUGUAUAGACCAUGCAAGUUGUUCUAGAGUACAUGCAGCUUUUGUUUAUCAUAAAGAUUUAAAUAGGGCUUUUUUGGUUGAUCUAGGCAGCACCCAUGGCACUUAUAUUGGUAAGAUGCGCUUAGAAGCAAAUAAACCCACCCAGCUACCUAUUGAUUCAACAUUUCAUUUUGGAGCAUCAACUAGGAAUUAUAUAAUCAGAGAAAGACCAACAGGCAAUUCAAGGGGGAUAAUGGAGGAUUUGCCUAACACUGAAAUGGAAGGCGCUUUACUUGGUCUACCAGAAACACAAACUGAGUUAGAUAAUCUGACAGAAUUUAAUACAGCACAUAAUAGAAGGAUAUCCAUGCUGGGUAUUUCUACUGAUGAUGGAAGUGAUGUGAUGAAGCCGCCUACUGGUACAAAGAGAUCAGCAUCAAUGUCUGGAGGUGUUGCCAAGAAGCAGAAGCGCAAUGUGUCUUUCAAUGAGGAGGUGGACAUCAUCAAUCCCGAAGAUAUAGAUCCGACUGUAGGCAGGUUCAGGAAUUUGGUUCGAUCUACGAUAGUGCCAAAUGCUAAUUCAUCUACGAGGAAGUUGAAAUUGCAAAGUGCAGAUGAAAGCCAUCACCACCAUUCUCUCAGACUGCAGGAGAUAUCGAGGAGCAAUAACUUGUAUUCAGAUUUACCGGCACCCAGCUCACAUCUCAGUCUUAUUGGUGCAAGAUUGGGCUUGUCGUUACCAAAUCCAGCACCCGAUGUAGAGUUAGAGGGUCCCGAGCCACACCACAACAUACAUCCCCCUCUACCACAUGCAGCAGCCGAAGAACCGGCUACAUCGAACGAACCCAAAAAGAAGAAAUAUGCAAAGGAAGCAUGGCCGGGAAGGAAACCUGGUCUUGUUCCAGUC